AUGCAAAAUGUGUGAAAUUAAUAUUAUUAUUGGCCACACUGGUUGCCUGGCUACAGAUAACCCAGCAACACGUGUGCGCGCGCGCGUGAGUUAACAACAGUGAUUUCACUUGACAUUUCUCAGACUUUUUUUUUGUUUUUGUUUUUUAACUUGAUAACAAACACUGUGUAGUCUCAUUAAUCUCACAAAAGAAAAAGAAAAAAAAACGGAGUUAGAUAAUUUUCGAGGAUUGAGACAGGAGGGGGAACUAACGUCUGUGUCACAGCUAAAGAUGCCCCCCGAUGAGGCGGUGGUGUUUCUGACGGAGCUCUGGCUGACUGCUGGCUGACUGAUUGAAUGAGUGUUUUUGGCUGUGGAGACAUAACGUGAGCUAACGACGGGAAUAAACGCAGAGGACGGGAGCUGCAAAAAGACUCUGAGCGUCAACACGAGGUCGCGUUAGCCGAAGCUAUUUGCUGCUAGCCCCCAGGUACGAUUAGCCGGGCAGCUAACACUAGCCACCAAGUCUAUUUAUAGUGAAUCGUCAGGCGAUUAGUAUUGACAAGUCGAUCCGAGAGGCUUGUGUGUGUAUCCUAUGAGCUUCCAGCGUUAGCCGCCUGCGCCAACAUGUCCACCACCUCGCUGGAUAAAGAGCUACAGGAGCGGCUGAGAGAGGCGUCUGCCAUCGGGGACAUCGACGAAGUGCGGACAUUGGUGGAGAGCGGAGUCAAUGUGAACUCCCAGAACGAAAUAAACGGAUGGACGUGCCUGCACUGGGCAUGCAAGAGGAACCACAAGCACGUAGUCUCCUACUUACUCAGCUGUGGAGCAGACAAAGAGAUCCUCACGGCUAAGGAUGAGCUGGCUGCACAACUCACGUCCAAGCCGGAGAUCAAACGGCUUUUAGGAGUCGAGGUGGAGGAUGUGCCUGAGGUCAAGGAACCCGAGCUGCCAAUCAUCCCCAACUACCUGUCGAACCCGCCCUUCAUGUAUUCCAAGAUGGAUGACAAGAUGGAGGCGCUUCUGGCCGAGCACCUUGCGCAGAACGGUUCUGGAGAACACGACGAGGACACACAGAGCGAUUCGGCGUCCCUUUCGCCGACUCACGAGCCUCAGAAAUCACAGAGCCUGGUCCUUGAUGGUCCCACUCCUCCCCCAAACCCCACCAAUCACACCCAGGCCCAAGCCGGUGAAUUCAUUCCUGUGAGUGAGCAAAAUGGUGUUUCACCCAGCCCGGCUUCAUCCCACAACCAUGCUGCUGUGAACUGCACAGUGCCCAUGGACCUGUCGGUUGAGCCGCAUCUUGUCAACCACGCUGACUACCCACACACGGCGACGCACAACGGCACCAUGUGCUCUCCUCCGUUGCCCUCACCUAGCCCCAGUUUGGCCAGCAGCAGCGGGAGCCAGGUCCAGGCGCCGGUGGCCGGCACUAACCCAACUAUGAGCAGGCAGCAGUCUAUCCCACAGCAGCUGGGCUACAGCCAGGCUGGUGGGCCCAUGCCAGCCUUCCAACCUUUCUUCUUCACCAGCACCUUCCCCGUUAAUGUGCAAGAGCUGGUGCUGAAGGUGCGUAUCCAGAACCCCAACGCGCGGGAGAACGACUUCAUUGAGGUGGAGCUGGACCGGCAGGAGCUCACCUACCGUUCCCUUCUGAGGGUCUGUUGCCGCGAGUUAGAUAUCAGCACCGAGCACGUGGAGAAGAUCCGCAAGCUGCCGAACACCAUGCUGAGAAAGGACAAGGAUGUGGCUCGGCUGCAGGACUUUCAGGAGCUGGAGGUCGUGUUGGAGAAAGCAGAGGGCCUGUCUCUUUUCUCCGGGACCGGGGGCCUCACAGACAGACCCUGCUACAACAUGAAGGCCUCCCGUCUCACCUACUAGAGCUACCACGGAGCCUGAGGUCUCCCUGCUUACAAUGGGCUUCUGUAGCUGCCCACAAGCAACCAUAACUAGUUGCCCGCCCAGGUCCCCUGUUACAGCUUUGUCUGGCUUUGGUGUUUUGCCAAUUUCUUAACUGGGAUUUGUUCCUUCAAGUUCUGUAGCUAUUGUCCUCCUCCUGUCCUCCUCUGGCCCUCCUGCCGCUUUAGUGUACCCAACCAGUUCUAAGCGAUUACUGAUGCAUGGUGUCCUCGAUUAUUGCGAAAGUAUUUGGGCCCCACUCUCCUCUCUUUAUCUCUUUAUUCUCUCCUCCCACUGCACUUUGUGCCAAGGCUCCAGUGGGACAACGGAGGGAGACAUUGGCUUAUCUUCCUCACGGACUGGACUUGAACGGGAUUCUGCAAUAGCCUUAUAUAGACACAUCUCUAUACUGGCUGUGGACUGUAGUCACAGAAGAAAACGGCCUGAUAAGAGCGAGAGCAGAGGACCACAGGAAGGAUUUACAUAACUCUAACUGAUAUGCUCGCCGUCAGUCCACAGGACAGAACAUGUCGCAGCACAGUGGACUCGGACACAUUUCUAGCAAACUGACCCGUAGAGUGUUCUGACAUAUUCUAGCUGGCGUACACACUUUCAUAUAUGCUGUAGGCAUAAACCUUAGUGUCUUUCCAGCAGAGGGCGUCUAUUACUGGCUCUGACUCUUAAGGUGGAGGUAAUCUCACACCAGGUGAGACUUUGGACUAAUUUUUAAUUUGCUGACCACACAUACAGUAUGCUUUAAUCUACAUCCACACUAGGAUGGACACGUUUGAGUAGGAGUACUGGUUUCCCUACGUAUUUAAAUCCAUCCUGUCAUACACUGUGGCAAAGAGAUAAUUAGUUUUGUUUGGAAUUGUUCUCUUUCGUGUCGUUUUCAUGUCAGACAAAAGCAUAACACUUAAAGCAUAAGAGUUAAACUGUCAACUGUGAAGUUUUUUUUGUUUUGUUUUUAGUAUCGAUUCUUAUUAAUAAUGCAUUGCGCUUAGAGUAACAAGGCUUGCUGAGUCCCAGCAGAGAUUGUCUAUGAGGCUCCCACUUGAUUUAUCAUAAGUUGAGCCUUCUGUUGAACACGUUUGGUUGCCGUCCGUCUGUUUAACUGUGAUUUAGACUUCAAACCAAAAACUAACUCCAGCAAAGAUACUAGCUGCAGAAUAGAAAUUAUGACUGCUUCAGAAAAGAACGCAGCCUCGUUAGUUUUUUUUUUUUCCUCUCUCUCUCUCUCUCUCUCUCCCCCCAAAGUGAAAAGGAAAUAAGUAAGAUAUAGCAAAGGAGAUGAUGUUCUGUAUAUGUGACACUUGGUUAUACGAUUGAGUGCUUCCUUGUUCUCCCCUAACACUCAAAUGAUCCUUUAACACGACUGUCUUUGUGUCACGGUAAACCUAGGCUGUCGACGUGGGUGGCUAGAUUUGUUUAAAACUGAAAGCAACACAGAAUAUCAAUAGAUAUGGCUUCAGUUUAGUUAUUAAGGCCAGUCUAGUGCCAGUAUUUUAUUUUAUUUUUUAUUUUUUUAACUAAAAAUGGCAUCAAUGUUUUCUACUUGGUGGCUUAAUCAGAGGUGUUGGAGUGAUGAUAGAGGCUGACAACCUUCUUAUACUGUAUAUUAAGAGUUUAACCGGUCAUGACAGGUCACGAAAUGUUUAUGCUGCUUUCAUCAACACUUUAUAUAUUUCUUUAUAAUUCUCAAUGCUUGGGGCUCAUUUUGUUUUAAGCACAGCAGUACACGGCCGCCACACGUCCUACAAUCAAAGUUUCUUACUCCGUGGUAACUGUUUACUGUUCAGACGUAUACCAGAAGCUCUUACUGUAUUUGUAUGUUUUAAGAUAUUUUUUAUUCAUUUGUAUAAUUUUUUUUUUAACCAGCUAUAGGCCUGUUGUGUUUGUGUCAAAAAAAAGUCUUCUAUCAUGCAAGAGAGAGAGUUCAACAACUGGGAGGGAAAGUGCUGCGAUGCUGUUGUUGUUGAAGCCAAGUGCAAUGUGUAUGUUUGUGUGUGUGUGUGUGUGUGGGGCAGAAAGAAGAAUGUGUUUCCAGAAAGUUUGCUGUCAGAAGAAGAUACUACCAAGAGUGCUUAUUUUAUGUUCCCGACUAUGUUAAAUGCUUUAUUAAGUGAAGUUGUGCCACAUGUUUGAGGCAGGAGCUUGCUUGAGAAAGUGGGGACGGUGCGUGGCGGAAACGCCCCCAGGUGAGUGCGAGCAGCGUGUUUUGAAAUGGGUUUUUAUAGGAUCUUAUUUGAUUCUGUUGAAAGGAGAUAACUAACAUUGUAUUUGUGGGGUUGCUUAUUGUUCUAGAAAAAGCAGAAUACAGUUUGACUUAACCUAUGCAUUCAGAGUCUGAUAUUUUUAUAUACAGUACGUCAUGUGUACUUGUAGAAAUAAUCUUAGGCACUGUUAAAGUUCAAGUGUUUUUUUUUUGUUUUGUUUUGUUUGUUUUUUCCAUUCCUCAGACCUGUAUCUGUUCUUUGAUAAAGCAUGGUGAACUACUCGACCUCCUCCCUCUUCUUCUCUUAAACUGACCACGUGUGCUUCUAAAAGCAUAUUCUGUCCAUCUGACUAAUGUAACGAGCAUAUUGAUGUAAUGAGUUUGAGUGUCUAUCUUAAUUCUCACUUUUAAAUGAAGUGGCGUCUGUUGCAGGUUAUCCUUUCGUGUGCACCUGCAUGUGUAUGUGGGAUGUUAAAUGAAUCAAAAUGUGUGUUUCAGCUGAGAGCCACUAGAGGGAGCAAAAGAGCAAAUGUUGCUUGGUUACAUGAGCCACAGGUUUUGCUAUCAGAGCCACUUUAAGUGAUAACAAGAGGAAUUUAUUUUUUAUCUGCUUGGAUUUAAUUUAAUUCAUAAAACAUAUUUUAAAA